UUACGAUAACAAAGUAACAUGUACCUAUCUCUUGCAAUCGGUGUAUUUAUUAAGGUUUUUGCUGUAUGCAUUGGAGACAAUCUAGACAACAACAACCCAGAUGACAGAGGGGUUGUGUUUGACAUGGACAUUUCACCACCUGAUGAAACAAUGAACUUUGACACCAAUUGGUCGUCAAACUGGGAGGGAGGAUAUCAAACUUUUGAGUUCGCAAGUGAAAAUCACAAAAAAUAUGAAUUAAAAUGCUAUGUGUAUUCUGUUGAUAUCAAUGGAAAGACACAACCUUCAUCCAGAGCAAGAAUCAUAAGUAAAUCUGAAGGAGUAGAAAUAGAUAACGUUCAGAUUGUAGAUUGGUGCAAAAACAUUGAUUUCAGGAACUCUAUUCAAGCAAAAUCCGUUAACGAUGUCGGAAAACAUACCUUGAUUUACGUUGAUGAUUCAGGCCAUCGUCAUGAGAGACAAUUUGAAAUCACCAGCAACAAAUUUACUACAUUCGUAAAAAGAGGGCCAGUCCAAGACGUGGAUGGAGUAACACCACACCCUGGACAUAUAUCAAAUUGGGGCCAAUCAGGGACCUGGGCUGUAACAGAGUUCCUCAAUGACAUAAGAAAAACAAAAACAGCACUUUCGACCGUGGGUGACCGUAUAAAGCAAGAAAUAGUGUGUUUACCAAAUGAAUGUUUUGUUAAAUGCGGAAUGCACACUCAUCCACCAACAAGUAGGGAAAGUAUGAGAGUCGCUACUGUGGUCGUCAGGUCUUAUCCCGUCGAGAGAAUACGAGUUACAACAUGUAACACAUAUGCUUUGGACACAUCAAUCAGAUUGAAGGAAGUCAAAGAUGUGAGAGUAGGAAAUGUUAAUAGACUGGAAAUUAAGAUAGUUUACAUGAACACUGCCGGCAGAUGUGUUACAAAACAAUACACUGUACUACUACAGCCUAAACACACGGAUGGUGUAUUGGAACUUGCGUCAAUUAAGAAGACGCUGGUUGGUUCAGAGCAGGACUGUCCAACUUUAAUGAGAGUAAAAGCUCAGUGGACACGCCCUUUCAUUUCAUAUUCAUACGCCUUGACCAACCAGGCGACCAAGACUGCACUGCCCUCUGGAUGGAACGAAUUUGAAUCUGUCACUCGUCAGUCGUCACGUCACGUCAGUCUCAGUCAGUUCAGUUCAGAAUCCGAAUGA